UGAGGCUUCUGAGAAAAAGAAAGAGAAACUGAAAGCUGUUCUGCAGAAACUGACCACAAAGAGAGAGAAGACUGAGAAAAGAGUCCAGAGUCUGCAGGAACACAGGAGAGGGGUGCAAGAGAAAGCAGCUGGUGUAACAGAGCGACACACUGCCCUGAUUAGGGACAUCAGGAAACAGCUGGAAGACCUAGAGAAGCGAGUCCUGAGUGAGAUCACCCGGCAGCAGGAGCAGGCUUUACUCACAAUCUCUAAUCUGAUCCAGCAGCUGGAAAAAGAGAAGGACGAGCUGACCAGGAACAUAUAUCAGAUUUAGAACUGUACAACAUGGAUAAGGUUGCGAUCUCAGAUAUAUUACUAGAUGUAGAAACAGCUCAUAAUGAAGUUUUUGUAUCAGAUGACCUGAAAACUGCAUCCUGCUCACGUAUAAAACAGCAGCGACCAGAUACACCAGACAGAUUUACAGAUUAUUCUCAGGUAUUAAGCACCAGGAGCUUUUCCUCAGGACUACAUUGCUGGGAAGUGCAGAUCAGUAAAUCGGGGCUCUGGCGUGUAGGGGUCUGUUAUCCCAGUAUGGAGAGAAGAGGAAAGGAGUCUGGGAUAGGAAAUAAUAACAAGUCCUGGUGUUUAUGGAGUGAAAAUAAAAGUCUUUCCGUGAGACAUAACAAUAUAGUCACCUCAUUACGCCCUUUAUCAUGUGACACAGUACGAAUACUGCUGGACUAUGGGGCUGGGCGCCUGACCUUUAAUGAGCUUUGUAAACCGAUCAGAGAGUUACACACCUUCACUGCCACCUUCGAUGAGCCUCUUUAUGCUGCAUUCUGGGUAUAUGGUGCCACGGUACAAAUCAAAACAAAAUCAAAUAUUCAACAUCCAGCGGUGAAGAAAAUAGGUGAAAGAGCUCAAGAAAAACCCCAAGAAUCGGAGGCAAGAAAUGCUGAGUUAACUAACCUCCAGAAUGAAAUUCAGUGGAGGCUAGCACUGUUCAGCACCCCUCCCCCUCUGGAGGUGAUUAGUCAGAUCAUCGUGGAUGGGACCCGCUUAAGGAUGCUGGAUAUCCAGCAGGUCAAUGGGGAACUGGCACCAGUGAACCAAGGGAGUUGGAAGAAGUUGCCCUAUGCUACAUUCCAUGCCUUCCAAGAUGGCCAAGAGGAGAUUGACCAGUACUUGCAGGUCUUUGAGACUGAAUGGGACCUGCAGGGAAUCGAUUAA